AUGUUCGUGAAGUGGUCGGGCCUAUUCACGCUAUUCAAAUGGGCUAGCCCAUUCUCUAUUAGCCCAUCAUCUGGGGCAAUGACUACGAGGUAUGUUAGGGUCAACGUAGCGACACCACUUGCCUUAGCAGAGCUUGGCUUUCACAGCAUAAAUAUACUUCAAGCAAGUAGAGGGAAUGGAUGCCCCCAAGGAUCAAUGAUGGAUGAUGGGCAAAGAAGGUUCCGAAGUCUACCGCUAACAACAAAGAAUACAUACCGGUCUGCUUCUAACCUACAGAAUGAUUUGGCUGUACUGAUGAAUAACUAUUAUGACGGUCUACCAACUGCAGCGAAUUUCUCUACAAAAUAUACAACAAUGCUUACAUAA